AUGGUCAAUGUGCUAAACAAGAUUUUAUUUGUUUAUUUUCUUUUAUUUACAACAAUAACAACAAUUAAUAGUAAUGAAAUACCUUCUUGCAAUAUAACAACAAAUAUAGAUGAACAAAAAAUAAAUGUAGAAUAUGAAACGAAAACGAUACAAGAUGAAUUUAUUGUUCAAUUUACUGGUUAUUACACUGCAAUAGCUCGAACAAAUUAUUUAAUACGAAUUUUUGAACGUAAUAAUAUAUCUUAUUAUGAAAUAAUUAAAAGAAAUAAUUUAAUGCAACGUUAUCCAUCUGAUUUUGAUAUUGUUCGAUUUAUUGGUAAUGAACAAAUAAUUAAUGCUCUUAAGAAACAUCCACUUAUUCGAGCUAUUAAUCCUCAUCGACAAAUUAUUCGUCAUAUUCAUUAUUCCACUAUUGAAGAUAUUAAUGAAAUAGCCGGUAAUAAAAGAAAAUUACAUCGUAGUCCACCAAAUCAUAUUCGAAUAGCAGAAAGUUUACAAGCACCAAAAUUAUGGAAAAUGGGUCAUCGAGGUAAUGGUAUUCAUGUAGCAGUAUUUGAUACAGGUAUUCAAGAUGGUCAUCCACAUUUUCCUAAUAUUGCUGAAGUAACAAAUUGGACUGAUGAAAAGAAUGAUCAUGAUAGUCAUGGAUUGUUUGUUGCCGGUGUUAUCGGCAGUAAUAGCGAAUGUUUAGGUAUUGCACCAGAAGCACAAUUACAUAUAUUUAAAGUAUUUACAAAUAAUCAUAUAUCUUACACAUCUUGGUUUCUUGAUGCUUUUAAUUAUGCUAUUGUAAAAAAAGUACACGUACUGAAUUUAAGUAUUGGUGGUCCGGAUUUUAUGGAUCAACCAUUUAUUGAUAAAGUUUGGGAUUUAACUUCGAAUAGUAUUAUUCUUGUUUCAGCGAUUGGCAAUGAUGGACCUUUAUAUGGCACAUUAAAUAAUCCUGCUGAUCAAAUGGAUGUAAUUGGAGUUGGAAGUAUAACAAUAGAUGAUGCUAUAUCACGUUUUUCAUCUCGAGGAAUGACAAUAUGGGAGCUGCCAGCUGGUUAUGGCCGAAUGAAGCCUGACUUAGUAACAUAUGGUUCACUUGUAAGAGGUUCAAAUCUUGUGUCUGGUUGUAAAGUUUUAUCAGGAACAAGUGUUGCAUCACCCGUUGUUGCUGGUGCUGUUGCUCUUUUAGCAAGUUCUGUACUUCAUCGUACACCAAAUAUAAUUAAUCCAGCUACUUUGAAACAAGCAUUAUUAGCAUCUGCACAACGUAUUCGACAUGCUAAUAUGUUUGAACAAGGACACGGAAAAUUAAAUUUAUUACGUGCAUUUCGUAUUCUUAAUCAAUAUGUUCCACAAGCAUCAUUAAGUCCAUCAUAUAUUGAUUUUACAGAAUGUCCAUAUUUUUGGCCAUAUUGUUUACAACCACUUUAUUAUAGCGCUAUGCCAAUUAUUGUUAAUAUCACAAUUAUAAAUGGAAUGGACGUUGUUGGUGAAGUUUUUGGACAGCCUAAAUGGCAUCCACAAGAUUCAUAUGGUCAAUAUCUUGAAUUAUCAUUUGAGUUUUCAUCAAAAUUAUGGCCAUGGUCAGGUUAUCUUGCAAUAUCAAUGACUAUUCAUCAGAAUGCUUCAGAAUUCGAAGGCAUAGUUCAAGGUCACGUUACAUUAACUAUUGAAUCACCAGCAAAAGAUUCAGAAAGUUUAAUUCAACGAAGUGAUUUAGUUUUACCAAUUCGUGUUCGUAUAAUUCCAACACCAAUACGUUCUCAUCGUAUACUUUGGGAUCAAUAUCAUUCGAUUGGUUAUCCACCUGGGUAUUUUCCACGUGAUGAUUUAAGACAAAAAAAUGAUCCACUUGAUUGGAAUGCUGAUCAUAUUCAUACGAAUUUUCGUCAUGUUUAUGAACAUUUAAGAAAUGCUGGAUAUUUUAUUGAAGUAUUAGGAAAACCAUAUACAUGCUUUGAUGCUUCUCUUUAUGGAACUUUAUUAAUUGUUGAUCCAGAAGAAGAAUUUUUUGUUGAAGAAAUUUCUAAAUUACAUAAUGAUAUUGUAAAUAAAUCUUUAUCACUUAUUGUAUUUGCUGAUUGGUAUAAUGUAUCUGUUAUGAGGCGUGUACAAUUUUUCGAUGAAAAUACUCGACAAUGGUGGUUACCAGAAACCGGUGGUGCUAAUUUACCAGCAUUAAAUAAUCUUCUAAAACCACUUGGUAUUGCUUUAGGUGAUACUGUUUUAGAAGGAAAUUUUGAUCUUGGAGAACAUAUGAUUUAUUAUGCAUCAGGUACACAUAUCGUUCGAUUUCCAGCUGAUGGUUAUUUAAUCUAUCGUCCGUUAAUCGAUCAAGGUGAAGCAAUAUUACGAAUGCCUGGUUCUUCGCGUAUGCCUCAACAACGUCAUUUAAAUCUAGAAGAUCAUGAAAAUCGCGUAAAAAACCAAAUAGAUAUUGAAUCAAUAGUUAAAACUAGUCCUAUUUCAAUGCCAAUUCUUGGUCUUGUAGAAGCAUCUGGUGGUGGCCGUGUAGCAAUUUAUGGUGAUUCAAAUUGUAUUGAUUCAGUACAUCUUGUACGUGAUUGUUAUUGGCUUUUACUUGCUUUAUUAGAAUUUACAACAUCAAGUCGUGUACCAAAAUUAUUUUUACAAUUAGAUGAAAAUCGACAAAUGGAUUUAGAUGUACCUGACCUUGAAAGAUUAAAUACAAGUCGUUUACAUAAAUUUUCUCGUGUUAUUGAAAAAAAUGAUAUAGAUAAUACAAAUAAACAAAAAGAAUUACCAAAAUGUUUUAUUAAUAAACCUGUUAAACCAUCCGAACCAUUGAUGAUUAAUACAGUAUCACAAAAUAAUAUAAUGAAAUAUCAAAAUCGUUUAAUAUCAAUUGAAGAUGACAGUAUUGAUAAUAAUGUUGUAAUUGAUCAUAGUGAAACAUCAUCACAUUUAGUCCGAGCUUUUUUUACAUUACAAAAUCCAAUAUUUAUCCCAUCAUUAGUAGGUUCAAUAGGUGUUUUUUUUGUUUUUAUUAUAUUAUGUCGAUCACGACUUUAUCGUAUGUUAAUUUUUAUAUUAUGGGGAAAUGGAUUUUAUUAUAGAAAAUCACCUAAUUCAAGAUUAAAGCCAAUGUCUAAAAAUCGACAAUAUCAUCUAAUUUCAUCAUUGAGUAAACCAUAA